AUGAAGAAAGCCAUUUUUGCAAUCAUUGUGCUUCUACUUGUGCAAAAUGUUUUUGAGACAGCAGUAGCAGGGAGCUCAGACUCACCGGUGCAAUUUACUCCAAGCCACUCAAAUGAAGCAACGAACCAAAGCACACCUGAAAAACGACCAAAUAAUUACCAAAAGAGAAAGGACAGCAAGAUUGCCAAGCUUGAAAAAUUAGGAGUAGAAACAAAUGUCGCAAAAACUAUGGUGAUGAAAUACCUUUCAGGUUACCAUAGUAAAUGGACGAAAAAAAAUAAAGAAAAAGAGCUUACAGUGAAGAGGGAAUCUUAUCAUAGAAGGUAUAACAUUAUUAAAGACAAGGCUAACGAAAGAAGAAAGGAAAGAUAUCAUGAACGAAAAGCAACAGAACCGAAUUUCCUUCAAAGUCGAAGAAAGACAACGCAAGACAGAUUUGAAGCAACCGUGCGGUCUAAUCUAAAGAAAGGGAUGACUCAAACGCAAGCAAAGGAAGAAGCGGGUAAGUAUAUAGAUACAUACAGAAUGAAAUCUCGUCAAAGUCUUCGACAAAGGCGACUAGAGAAAAAACAAAAGGAGGCACAACAUGAUGAUCAUACUUCCGUCAAUGUCAGUCGAACGUAA